UUAAUUUUAAAUUUGUUUAAUAAAUCUUGUAUAAAAACUAAAAAUUUAAACAUGUCUAAAGCUGCUGGGAAAUUAAAAACCAUGAAAAGGACCAUGGAAAAGAUAACACAUACUACAAAACUUAAAACAAACAUACCGGCUGGUAUGGCUGCUGCCGGUCCUCCGCUAGGUCCAAUGUUAGGUCAGCGUGCCAUUAAUAUUGCGGCGUUUUGUAAGGAUUUCAACACAAGGACUGCCGAAAUGAAGGAAGGCAUACCUCUACCUUGUCGUAUAAGUGUGAACAGUGAUCGUAGUUACAAUUUGGUCAUACAUUCACCGCCGGCGACAUUUCUGCUUAAGCAAGCGGCUGGCUUGCAAAGGGGAGCUAUGAACCCCGGCAAAGAAAUAGCUGGUAAAAUUACGUUGAAACAUUUGUAUGAAAUUGCAGCUAUUAAAAUACAAGAUCCCCCAAAUGCUUUGCUCACAAUGCAGCAAAUGUGUGAAAUGUUAGUGGGUAUUGCACGUACAUGUGGCAUACAGAUUGUACGCGAAUUGAAUGCUGAAGAAUAUGCAGCCUUUUUAGAGGAGAGACGUGAGGUUGUUGAGGCCCAGAGACGUGAAUUACAAGAAAAACGAGAAGCAAAAAUGUUACGUACCGGUUAAGUUUGAAAUUUAUUUUUAUUAUCCUAAUUUUAUGUUAAAGAAUACAAUUUAUUAAAAAAAGUAAAUAUAACUUAGUCGAAACCAA